CAAUAUCAGAUAUUAAACCAACUGUAUAGUCCAUUCCACCAGACUCCAUGCCUGUGUUUGCGCAUGUCACUCUCUCCACCUUUAAAAGCAUCAGAAUCAGAAAGAGGGGAGAAAGGGAGGCGACCGUACAAAUACAAUGAUCUCAGAAACUGGGAACGACAAUCUGAAGGAAGACUAUCUCCAAUCAGAAGCGAGCUAUUAUCCAGACUCCCCCGUCUCCUCUUCUCCCGAAGCCGGGCAGCUGAGCAGGAGGCGGGACACUCUGACCAGCAGCGGCAGCAUCAUCUCGGAGGAGAGCGGCUCCAUCCAGCGUCUGGUCUCCUCAGCCGCGGCCGCCUCCAGCAUCAUGACAUCGGGGGAGUUCAUGCAGACCGCUCCCCUGCUGACGCACAAAUCCAAAAGGAGCCUGCUGUACAAGGCGCUGUGCUUCCUCCUGCUCGUCUUCCAGGGCGGCAUCCUGGACUUCUACCUCAUCAUCUUCACCGACCUGUACUGGUGCUCAUGGAUCGCCACGGAUCUGGUGGUGAUCUCGGGCUGGGGGAUUUUCUUCAUGAAGAACGCGCGGAGCAAGAGGGAGCGGGCCUGCGGCUUCCACCAGAAGAGCUCCAUCUUCGGCUGUAACCUCGGGGAGUUCACCUACGCCUACCUGGCCUGGCUCAUUUAUGUCAUCGCCUGCACUCCCAAGGUGGUGCUCAUCCUGGAGACGUCUAUCCUGGACCUGAUCGAGCUCAAAGUGCCGUGCGGAGUGACCGGCUUCAAGAUCAUCAUGCUGCUGUCCGUGCCGCUGCUCUUCUGCCUCAUCAACUCCAUCAUCGAGGAUCUGAACGGGGCGACACGGCACCGAUCCCAGAGCUGCUUCUUGAGCACCUGCCUGGACCUGCUGGACAGCUUCACGCUGGUGGAGAUGCUGCUGAGGAGCGAGAUCCCCACGCUGUACCUGAAGUACACCGUCAUCUCGGUGUAUUUCGUGGCUCUGGCCGUGCCGACGAUCUGGCUUUACGAGCUCACCGCGUCCGAGCUCCGCUUCCGGUGGCUGUGGGCCCGCUUCUGUGCGAGCCUGGUGGUCAACGCCCCCCUGCUGUGUGUAGGUUCUUGGAGCUGGUGGAGCAGUGUGUGGCGGUUCGCGGGGUCCGGAAGCUGGCUGGAGGCGGCAACCCGGCCCAGUUCUCCCACUGCGUGUCCGAGAACGACAUGUGUCCGCACGGAUACGUCAACACCCUGGCUGUCACCCAGUCCUAGAGCCCGGCCUGGGGCCUGGAGCUGCUUGCGUUCAAGACAAAGCUGCAAAUAGGAAAAUCCACUUUCAAACUCCUUCUUCCAGAUAGACAAUAAGGAUAUCACAAUAAACCUACUUGAAAGGCAGCCUUUUUAGAUUUAUCAUUACACGAAACAGGAAUAGGGUACUUCGAAAAAUGAUAAUAAAACAAAAGGAAAAAGUAGAACUAUUAAUCCAUAGGCUAUACUUAUAGAGUCACUUUAUCCCAGUUACAAAAAUAAUUAUUUUCUUAUAUAUAUCCAGGGGCCAACAUAGUGGUAGUGAAAAGAAAAUGUUAGUACCACUCACAAUAUAAAAAAUGGCAUUUGUCCUCGCACAAUGUUCGUUGUCAGUGUUCAUUACAAAGAAAUAGUCUAAUUUCUGAAAAGAGAUGUGGCUUUUUCGACAUAUUUAAUUAUGAUUUAUUUCAUAUUUUUCAACAGACUAUACUAUACUUAGCUUUUUGACAUAUGAAACCUCAAAAGGCACCCAUUCUUAUAUAUUCAGUAUAAAAUAACACCAUAUAUAUAGUAUAUUGGAAGGCUCCCAAGAUACCCUAAUGCAUGUAUACAGCCAUGCAGAAAAAUAUGACAUGGCUUGUAGCUGUAGCCCUAUAUAAGAUUUUACAUCAAAUGACCACAAAGUAAAGCAACCGAUAGGACCUAAGGCGUUCAGGGACUCUAAUAAUCCCACCCAAUAACCACAUAGUUAUGAUGAAUACACAGAUUAAUAACAACAGGCAAAACUCUUUUUUCAAAGCAGUUGGAUUUUGUUGACAGGGUUUUUUGCCACACUGCAAUAUUGGAUAACUUCCUCUUUGACUGAUCUUUUUUGAAAUUUCUACUUGGAACAUUUCACAUGAUAGGAGAAUGGAUUUUCCGAUUUUUGGACAUGUCUGGAACACAUCAUCUGUACCAGCCUUACAAUGUUCUCCUUACAUAAUCUACAGGUGCUACAGUCAAACCAAACACCUGCAACAGCCUACAACAAACAGAAGAGCAACUGUAGUGAAUUGGACCUUGUUGAGUUGUGUGUGUUCUGUCUGUGAGUUUCACCGCUGCACUUGAAUGGAGACGGCAGAUGGACUUGGUGUCGUGUUGGGACGUAAAGUGCAAUUUUUAGAAUCUUCUGGACUGAUUGACCAGGACUCUGCUCCCUCCUUGUCCACCAGUGUUUUCUAUUGGUAGAAGUAUUACUGAGAGUAGACACAUAUGUUAGAUCCGACAGUGCCAUGACAAACAGGUUUUCUACAGCUUUUUCAAAUUGACCCCUGGCCAGCAGGACCUUCUGUUGGCCUCACUGGCUGUGCUACUGUUUUAAAACUGUUUUCAUUUCUGGGAUCAGAAGUCCCCAAAGAUAACUGUAUUCAACAGCCCUCAUUUAAAGAGCCUCAGUUCUCUGGGUCACCUCAGCUCUUAAUUUAUUUUUAAACACACCUGUGAGUCAUGUCUGGAACUAUAGAUAUUAGUAUUCCUGUUUUAGAACUAUAAUGAAUCCCAUUUCUCCCAAAAAUAUAUAUGAUACAAGUAAUAGGAAAUUGGUGAUGAUAAAAUAUUGUGCUUAUGUCUGUAGAGAUGAUCAUUAUUGUAACUCCCAUUUUUGUAUGUCCAGUUCCAGUACCUCCCGACAAGACGAAGAAAAGUGCUCCUUUGUAAUUGUCAUGUACAUUGUUGGUGAAUGUUUUAUAAUUUACACAAUGUCUGCCAUUGAACCAGCUACCUGCUCGAUUCUGUGCGUUGAAAUGAACGCAGUAGGAAGUGAUUUGGUGUUUUUAGGGGGGUUCAGUGUCAAGAGUUUGAGAUUUCCAGUCAUAAAUGGUAGAACUUAAUCAGUCCAAAUCUUAAGUCAUUCUUUUUUUCUUUUGAUCUUUUUUUGUCAAAGGUGCCAACAAUGCUAAUAGUGCAACCAUAUCUUCAAUGUUUACUUAGUUCAUUUUGGAAGAAGAUAAGUUGGAGUUGACACAUGCUUGUGUGCAGUGGGCGACUGCAUGCACUGAGACAAAACAUCUGGACUGUGCCAAAUCUGAUUAUGGAAGCCCUGAGAAGCCUGACUGGUGAUCCAUUGAACACGUUUUUUAGUUGCUUGUUUUUUUUUCAGACUUUACCUUAACAUUAUGGCAUAGAUACAAUCUAUAACAAUCAAUAUGUGAACUUUUGGUUUAGAGAACUUGAAGAAAUUCAGACCCACUUGGAGGAAAACAUGAAUUCCAUAAAUCCUAUAGUGGUGCCUCUCGUGACCCAAAUGACUAUUACAACAACACACUACUUAAAAAAUCUAAAAUGUUAAAAUGUUUUACAAACAAAAACGAUACAAAUGUAGAUAAGACCUUUAAAAUGGGUCACCAGGUUGUUUUGGUCUCACUUGUCUUGCGUCUGAGGGCUUCCUUAAAUAAUCAAUUGAAUCGAGUAAAAAGCGACAACAUGCCGUAGCCAACCGGAUGUGUUUAUCCACCUUGAUGUUUCGACGUGUGAACGUUUACCUCAUUAUGAGUUGAUAUGGGAGACUAUCUGUUUGACGGGAACAGCUCACUUGAAGAAUGGCUGUGGUUACACGAUGUGCUAGUGGCAGUGGUAAUGUACAUAACAAACAUGGCAGAUUAAAGUAUAUUAUAUAAUCAAAAAGAUGUGAAGUGAAGACAGGUGCAAUAUGGGUCAGAGGAGUCGGAACAGAUUUUAGUGCUUAUGAUUUUGGAGCUCAUAGUUUGUGAGUCCCGGAAGUGAGGUAGCAUUUUUGCUCUUCAAGUUCCCUCACCUUGAAGUCAAUGAGUUUUCUGAAUGGAUUGUUGGUAUGCCUGAAAUAAGGCGUGUGAUUAACACAAACUUAAAAGAGUUUUGAGGCUUUUAAAAAAAAAAUUAAAAGAGGGUGUUGCUAGCAAGCGGUUAAAUUAGGCUAAAGAGUUCAUCACCACUAAGAAACUACAGUGCUUGGUGUAGUAUGAUUAUAGCUAGAUUGUUAUGCUUACAAAACAUACAGUGGUGUUCAUUUGAUAAGUUUAGUUUGCUGAACAAAACAUCUAAGUAUAUUUAACUUGUGUUUCCCACAGAACUUGUUUUUUGCAUCAUGAAUCAAAGGAACCAGCGAAUGCUAACUUUCGGGUUGUUUUCAAAAUGUCCCUGCAGCACAGUUUUGAGGGGGAUUGAAUCACAGUGAGGGUAUACAGGGGUAUCACAGUGAGGGUAUGUGUGAUUUCCUUGCUUUAUUUGCCUCUCUGUGAGGGAUCAGUGUAUGCAGGUCAGAGGUUGUGCCUUGUGAGCAGUGCGGCUGCUGAGGGGUCAAGACUGAGGAGGAGGAAUGUCCAUCAUAAAGGAACUGAGAGUGUAUCCCCUUCAGUACAAAUCACAAAUAGUUUCAGGUCUCUGCAGGGGAUUCUCAUGCCGUGUUGAAAUCCGUGGAUAUCUAGGGAAAAGCUAACUUAAAACAUGCUCAGAAAUGUCUAGAAUUGAUGAACAGUAGAAGUGUGAGACAACAACAACUUAUUUAUAGAUGUAACUAAUCUCACUCUUUUUCACACAAAAUCAGGCAGUUCUCCUGUAAAAGGUUCUGACAAACUAAAUUGCUCAUGAACAAUCCAAAAUCUUGUUGCAUUUGUUAUUUUAAACAAUAAUAAUGCUCAUAUUUUCGACCAAUGAAAUGCAGUGAUAUACAAAAUUGACAACCUAAUCUCAAUAUAGCUUUUCCCAGAGUUCAGAAUGAGCCUUCACUCUUAACAAAUAUAUAAUGUUAGAUGGAUAACGUUGCCUGCUGUUAUGAAUAUGAUACGAGGUUAUCCUUCCUGACUUACAGCUUCUAUUUGUUUGUUGCUUAUCAUACAUUGCCAAAGUAUUUCAGAAAUGUUAUAUUUUAUACUAUUUUGUGUUAUUUCCUUGUGCCAGUAAUCUGCAAUGCCUUUGCAAAUGUAUCCUACACUGUUGUUAGCGCUUUGUUACAAUCUUUUUUGGAUUUGCACAUGAAGCUCAUCACUCAGUUAUUAUUAUGGAGCUCUAAGCUGAAGUAUGUUUGACCUUUAACCUGCAUGGACGAGCACAGUGCAAAGCUACACUGGAACAACCAAAGGCUUUAAUAGACGGAUAUUCAAAAGAAGCCAAUCAUGCUACUCAGAUUUCUAUUUCAUUCUUUAGCCUAGGUGCAAUGAAAAACACUCUCUUGUCUUACAUUAUAUGGGCUUUCUUUUUGAUCCUAAUUUGUUUACAGGGAAAUAAUAUUGCUGUUGUUUACAGAUAGGAUUCUACCUGUACUGUAAAGUUGUGUAGUGUAUAUCUGUACUGAUAUAAUCUAUGUACCGUAGAUGUAAGACAGAGUAUUAUGUGGUCGAAACCUGAAAUAAAUCGGAGGAAAGUGUACAAAGUGA